AUGCUGUCUCAGAUACUCCGCUUUACUUUUCCCUCCGGAACCACCGUCUCGUCGACAUCAUUCCUGAAGUUGCGCCAACAGAUUGCUGCGACAGGCGCGACAACUCAAUACUAUGGUUAUACCGCGCCCACAAAAGUGUUGAGUCUUCCCCGAAAACGCCAUGAGGUAUGCUGGGUCCUCCAUCGAACUGCCGUGGCCAAGGGACUGGCUGAGGCCGGUGUUGCCGAUGCGACAUCUUUGGUCCUGGAGUUUACUGAUGCUCAAUGCAAACAUCUAGUCUCUGCUCUUGAGGCUCCAAUCUGCGAAUUUGCGUGCAUCCGAUUGAGAGACGAUGCCUCAUUAGACAAUGAGGCGCUUCAAGCAUCGAUGGAAAAAACAUACUCUGAUACCUACAAGAUACAAGGUUUUACAGGAGGUCACUGGGCAUACGCAACCAACACAAAUGAGACAGCAGGUGUGCCUUGCAGUGCCCCAACAGAGGAAACGGUACCCAUAUCUCAGAGAAGGCUUGCGGUCUACUACCUUGGAUGGGAGAGCAUUGAGCUGCAUGAAGAUGGGACCCAAACAGAUGCAUUCGCGGAAGAGAUCAACAAGCUACAGCCAUACUUUGGCCCAGGAUCUGGAGCUUGGUAUGCCAUGCUUCGCCAACACAAGUAA